AUGUCAUCUCCAUCUACAUCACGCCUCCCUGUGGGGAACAAGGACUUUACCAAUGCCACUGUGGUGAUUAUUGGGGCUGGCAUAUCUGGGAUGUGCAUGGCGAUCGAUCUGAUCCGGCGAAAUCAGUGCCACAACUUUGUCAUUCUCGAGAAGAGUAGCAGUGUUGGGGGUACUUGGAACGACAACAAAUACCCUGGCUGCUGUUGUGAUGUCUGGAGCUCCUUGUAUAGCUAUUCAUUCGCGCAAAACUCCAGCUGGUCGAGAGAAUACCCCGGCCAGGAAGAGAUUCAUGUAACAACUAACCCACUCUAUGACCUUGUCGCAAAGAAAUAUGGACUUUACAAGCAUAUCCGAUUCAACUCGACAGUGGAUGAAGCCCGAUGGGACGACGACCAAUCCAAGUGGAAGGUCAGCGUGAAUGUGUCUGGAAAAAAGGAUGCCGAGUUCUCCAAGUCCUAUAUGAUUGUCUCCGACUUCCUGGUCUCCGCAGUUGGUCAGCUCAACUGGCCGCGUGAGCCCAAUAUCCCCGACCUACAUGAGUUUCAAGGGAAGAUGAUGCAUUCUGCCCGCUGGGACUGGAGCUACGAUUUUACCGGGAAACGCGUCGCGAUUAUCGGGAAUGGAGCAACCGCUGCUCAAAUCGCCCCAGAAGUCGCCCCGGUUGCGUCCCAUCUGACAAUCUACCAACGGACCCCCAACUGGGUGGUCCCCCGACGGGAUAGACCGAUUUCCGCGUUUCAGCGAGCUCUGCUCACCUACGUCCCGCCUCUCCGCUGGUGGAAACGUUCCCUUCAGAUGGACUUUCGAGAGGCCCUUUACGCGUCUGUGACAGACAACGACUCGUACUUUUCUCGAAUGCUUCGCAAAUAUUCGACAGCCAUGGUGAAAAGCCAGUUGACUCACAAGCCCGAGCUUUGGGAUACAUUAACGCCCAACUAUGCCCCAGGCUGCAAACGGAUCAUCAUUUCGGACGAUUACUAUCUUACCCUGGGUCGUAAGAACGUCGACCUCGAGACCAGGCCCAUUACCUGGGUGACGGAGAACGGCAUUGAAGUCGAGGGAGGAUGCGUACAGCAAUACGAUCUCAUCGUGCUAGCCACGGGCUUUCGAACUGUGGAGUUCAUGUAUCCGAUCCAGAUCUACGGAGCAAAUGGCCGGUCUCUGGCAGAUAUAUGGAAGACCGGCGCCAGAGCCUACUACGGCAUCACGGUCGAAGACCUGCCUAACUUUGGGAUGCUCUAUGGCCCCAACACCAACCUUGGACACAACUCCAUUCUUCUCAUGAUCGAGGCACAGUCACGAUAUCUAAACACUCUUGUUGACGAAGUGAUCCAGGCCCGGCAGCAAGGCAGCACCCUCAUCCUUCGACCAGGGCUUGAUGCCAUAGAAGAAUACAAUGACCGACUCCAAGCCGCCCUUCGAAAGACCAAUUUUGCGGAUCCCAACUGCAACAGCUGGUACAAGACUGCAGAUGGCAUCAUCACAAACAAUUGGUCCGGAACCGCGGUCGAAUACCAGAAUGCAGUUUCAGCUGUGGAAUGGCAGGACUAUAUUGCUGAAGGGACAGGGAAGGAUCGAGUUUCAAAGAAGAAAGCGACCAAAUUGGGACGCGUUCGAGAAGAAUCUCUGUUGAACAAUACUUCACUGCUUAUUGGUACUGUGGGUGUUUUGGCCACGAUCGUUGGUUACUUGUUCGCCCGGCCGAGACUGUUGAAAGCAUCUUAA